AUGAAGUUCCCCUUGUUUAUAGCCUCUUCUAUUUUCUGGAUAGGGAUGAUGGUAUUGCGCAUAAAGAGUAAGUGGUAUCAAUAAUAUCCUGUGCUGUCCAUUAAGUUCUAAGAACCUCAGGAACUCUACUUGUUUCUAACAUUCCAGUAAAGAAGAUGGUAGUCUCUAACACUGAUGAUUAUCAGGCCACAAUUCAGAAGAGUCACGACAGAAUGAGUGAGUUAAAAGCCUUUGAUGAUACUAAGGCUGGUGUUAAAGGGCUUGUUGAUGCUGGAAUCACUGAAGUACCUCAAAUAUUCAUUCUACCACCAAAAAGCAGGGCGGAAUCCUCGGAUACAUGUGGAACACAGUUCAUUUUUCCAGUGAUAGACCUUGAAGGCAUGGAUGAGGACCCAAUCAAGCACCAAGAGAUUGUGGACAAAGUUCGAGAUGCAUCAGAGACAUGGGGUUUCUUCAAAGUGGUUAAUCACGGCAUUCCAACAUCUGUCCUGGAAGUAAUGCUGCAAGGAACACGAGAGUUUUUUGAGCAGGAUAUAGAGGUUAAAAAGCAGUAUUACACUCGCGAUAUCACAAAAAAAGUGGUUCAUACUAGCAAUUUUGAUUUGUAUAGUCCUUCUGUUCCGGCUGCAAGUUGGAGAGACUCCUUUUUCUUUUCAAUGGUUCCUAAUCCUCCCAGUCCCGAAGAAUUUCCAAGACCAUGCAGAGAAAUACUAAUGGACUACUCUAAGCAUGUGAUGGAACUGGGCUGUUCCUUGCUUGGAUCAUUGUCAGAAGGUCUCGGUCUUGAUCGUUGUCAUCUUGAAGAUAUGGAUUGCGCCGAGGGGCUCGGUGUUGUGGGGCAUUACUAUCCAGCGUGCCCUCAGCCAGAACUCACCAUAGGCACCAACAAACAUUCUGACAAUGAUUUUAUCACUGUGCUUCUACAAGAUCAUAUUGGAGGACUCCAAGUGCUUCACCAGAGUCAGUGGAUUGAUGUUCCUCCUACGCCUGGUUCUCUUGUGGUGAAUAUUGGAGAUCUUCUGCAGCUCAUAUCAAAUGACAAGUACAUAAGUGUUGAGCACAGAGUAUUGGCAAAUAAAGUUGGACCAAGAAUAUCAGUUGCAUGCUUCUUCAGUACAGGUCCACUACCAUCUUCCAAGCUGUAUGGGCCAAUUGCUGAAUUGUUGUCAGAAGAUAAUCCUCCAAAAUAUCGUGCGACCACAGUGAAAGACUACAGUGAUUACUUCCGUCAAAAGGGUUUAGAUGGAACUUCUGCAUUGCUGCAUUUAAAGAUCUAACAUAGCAAUUGAAUGUGUGGUGGCUGAUGAGUACCGAGUAUUUAAAUUUUGGUGUAUGUUGCUCAAGCUUCAUAGAUGUUGAUAGACAGUUUAACUUGGCCUCCACUGGCAGUUGAACACCCCAACUUUCUUUGCGAUCAUCUAGGCACUUCAACUUGACAUGGUUGCAUCUCGCGAACACCUAAACUUUGAAAAUGCACAUUUAGACACCUUUAAGGGAUGCAUUCCAGAUGUGCAUUCUCAAAGUUGGGGUGUUUACAGGGCCAACUUAAACCAAGUUAAGGUGUUGAUACAUGAACUAGUAUUAUCUUUGCAACAUCGUCCUCGUGACUGAUCAGACUGGCAAAGUUUUUUAUACGAUAUAGUUCGUAUUCUUGCCAGCAAACAAAUGAUUGUCAGUUACCACAUGCAGCAUUGGAUCAAAUAAUUCCUUUUUGUUCUA